AUGGAUGGUGCCGACUCAGGUCUCAAAGAUCCUGGCUCAGACAUUGGGAUCAAGGCUUUAAGUUCCUCGGACUUAAAUGCAAUCUGGCAACAGAUGUGCUGUGGGGAAAAGGCUUUGACUUGGCUUUCUAGGCUGGAUGCUGGCAUCGUCAGCCUCAGAAAUGCUGAUCGCUGGUGUAACCGGGAGCAGGGCAGGCAGCAGGCACGGAGCCCUGCAAAGCAACGUCCCGGAUCCCAGCCUGGCCCUGAGCUGUCCAUGACUCAGCGGGAAGAACUGGAGGUGCUGGUGGUGCUCCAGCUGUGGGGUAACAUUGAUGUACGCUUCCUAGACACGUAAGGCAAACACAUUUCUGCACUGAGGAAGGCGAUAGCAAAAUGCCCGUACAAGAGGCAGCAGGCGAUGCGCGAGUUGCCUGUCUUCACUGCGGGGACCUCAGGCAGCAGGGUGCGAGUGGAGAAGGAUGGCACGGGCCUGUGGCAGGUGGGGAAGAGACAAAUCCAGCAGUUUUAUAGGGUCAGCCCUGCAACGGCAGCAGUGGUAGCAGAAGCAUAUCCCUCCCCAAGCCUCCUGGUACAGGCCUACAACAAAGAGUGCAGCAGAGAUGAUGCGAGACUACUUCAGCUGAGUGACAUCCCAGUGAAAUCGGACGUCGGUGGGCAGGACCGCCGCGUUGGGCCAGACUUAUCCCGCCACGUCUACCUCUUGAUGGUAUCCACCGACCCAGACCUUGUCCUGGACCUGACGGCGUAGUGGGGCCGUGCGCUGCCUUGGUCAGCCCCGUCCUUUUUAUCUGCCAACACUCAGCGGUCGCGAAGCUGCUGCUGGCAUGGCCGUGCAGCUGGGAGCCCAGCCAGUGGAAGCAGCUGAUUCUGUUUCAGAACAGAGACUUGCACAUCAGUAAAUGUCUUGUUACAAAGGCUUUC